AUGAAUGUUGGAAAGAUUAAUAAGGUAGAGGAGAUAAAAGCUAAAUUGGCAGAAAUGAAAAAUAAUCCAUUGCCUUGGAUUGAAAGUAUGGAUGUAUCUGUUCCAAGAGAUGAACUUGCUUUAGAAGAUAUUAACGACGAUUUUAAAAGAGAAAUGGUUUUCUAUAAUCAAGCAGUUGCCGGAGCACAAAUAGCUAUAAAUAAAUUGAAAAAAUUAAACAUUCCAGUCUUCCGCCCACCAGAUUACUUUGCUGAAAUGGCAAAAUCAAAAGAACAUAUGGAUAAAGUAAAAAAUAGAUUAGAUGAUAUUAAGAAACAAGAAGAUUUACAAAAAACAAUUCGCAGAUUACGUGAGGAAAAGAAAUUUGCUGCAAAAAUUCAAAAGAAAAGGAAGAUGGAACAAAUGGUUGAGAAACACAAAGAAAAAAAAGAGUUGGAAAAAACAAAGAGAAGGGCUUUAAAAUUAAAACCAAAGUCAAAGCCAUCAAAAUCAGCUAAGUAA